CGAGCGCGGAGCGGCGCGAGGAGAUGCUAGAGGGCGCCGCGCCGCCCGCACCAUGCGCCCACCGCCCGCGCUGGCCCUGGCCGGGCUCUGCCUGCUGGCGCUGCCCGCCGCUGCCGCCGCCUACUUCGGCCUCACCGGGCGGGAAGUCCUGACGCCCUUCCCAGGCCUGGGCACUGAUGCUGCCCCGGCGCAGGGCGACGCCCACCUCAAGCAGUGUGACCUGCUGAAGCUGUCCCGGCGGCAGAAGCAGCUCUGCCGGAGGGAGCCUGGCCUGGCUGAGACCCUGAGGGACGCUGCCCACCUCGGUCUGCUCGAGUGCCAGUUCCAGUUCCGGCACGAGCGCUGGGACUGCAGCCUGGAGGGGAGGAUGGGCCUGCUCAAGAGAGGUUUCAAAGAGACGGCCUUCCUGUACGCGGUGUCCUCGGCCGCGCUCACCCACGCGCUGGCCCGGGCCUGCAGCGCCGGGCGCAUGGAGCGCUGCACAUGCGAUGACUCUCCGGGCCUGGAGAGCCGGCAGGCCUGGCAGUGGGGCGUGUGCGGCGACAACCUCAAGUAUAGCACCAAGUUCCUGAACAACUUCCUGGGGCCCAAGAGAGGAAGCAAGGACCUGCGGGCACGGGCAGACGCCCACAACACCCACGUGGGCAUGAAGGCUGUGAAGAGUGGCCUCAGGACCACGUGUAAGUGCCACGGCGUGUCGGGCUCCUGCGCCGUGCGCACCUGCUGGAAGCAGCUCUCCCCAUUCCGUGAGACGGGCCAGGUGCUGAAGCUGCGCUACGACUCGGCCGUCAAGGUGUCCAGCGCCACCAAUGAGGCCCUGGGCCGCCUAGAGCUGUGGGUACCCGCCAGGCCAGGAAGCCCAGCCAAGGGCCUGGUCCCCCGGCCUGGGGACCUGGUCUACAUGGAGGACUCGCCCAGCUUCUGCCGGCCCAGCAAGUACUCGCCGGGCACGGCGGGCAGGGUGUGCUCCCGGGAGGCCAGCUGCAGCAGCCUGUGCUGUGGGCGGGGCUACGACACCCAGAGCCGCCUGGUGGCCUUCUCCUGCCACUGCCAGGUGCAGUGGUGCUGCUAUGUGGAGUGCCAGCAGUGCGUGCAGGAGGAGCUCGUGUACACCUGCAAGCCCUAGGCCUGCUGCCCCAGAGCCAGCCGGGCACUGCCAGGACUCCCACGGUGCCCGUACAGCUGUUCAGCCUGCCCUCUGAGCAGUAGCACAGUGUGUAGCACAAACCAACGUGUGCGCCAGUGCACACGAGUGUGCGGCUCACCCCUCCUCUACCACCGCUCAGCCCGCCUUUGGCUUCCCUCGACAGCAAAGAGAAGCAAAGCCGGGCCCUGAACCCAAGGGUCGCCAGCCUUAUUGAGGACUUGGAGCAGGAAGACAGGGUGCGAGAGGAUGCGGAGGGAAAGGAACUCGAGAGGACAGCAGGACUGAGGUUUUGGAGGGGAGAGAGGGGCUAUCCGGCCAUCUUGGUUCCUGGGGUGAAUGGCCGAGAGCCAGCAAGCUCUCAGGACCCAGGCUUCUGGGCGGGGAACGCACCGGAGGCGAUGCUGGCUGGGAGCAAAGGCGGGAGCCUGCUUGGAAUGGGUCGGUCCAGCCCUCCGGCCCUGCCCAGAUGGCAGUGAGCACCAGGCGCCACUGCUCUGGCUUUGCCGUGCUAGGUGGCAGGAGCUGUUUGGAGGAAGGGAAGCUUUCUGGGCUUGAGUGGACCCAAGUCAGAGACGUGUCCUGGACCUCCCUGAUCUGGGUUUUCAGAUGUGCCUGCACGGAGGCCUCCUUCUCAUCUCGAGAGCUGAGUUGUCCACAACCCUCCACCCUGCCCGGGGUGACUGCCAGUGGACAAGGCAGGCCGCGGUGGGACUCAGUGCACCCGAGGUCACAUGGGGAGACAGCGACCCUCCUUGUUUUCCCUGGUGGCCAAAGGAACCUUUAAUUCCAACCCAGAGGAGAAGAGGGACAGCCCUCUGGUCCCUGGCAGGGACACAGUGAGCUCAGUUUCUCAGCCAUCUACUGAGUCAGCUUUGGUCAGCUCCCUGUGGCUGGGGUCUUCCUGGGCGGCAAGACCCCGCCACCAGCUGACUUUGUGACACAGACGACCAGCUGGCUCUCGGGUUCUGGUUCUGAUUACCUUUCUGCUCUUACGGUUGUGCAUCUAAUUGGGGCUUUCGCCCUGGCUGGAGCUGUAGGCGCUGAGUCCUUGCCAUGCCUGGCUCUUUGUAGCCCUUUCAUUCGCUAAUGGCCCCUCACUUUGGCCCCUACCUGAGAAGUAGAGGUAACUUUGCGAACUUCCUCGGAUCCUGUGGACAUUUCCAGAGCCACCUGCCAAGGCCCUGUGUGGGAGGAAGAGAGAGACGCAGGUACUCACGCACGGACAGACCCACCCCUUGGACCGGCCGAGGGCUCCCAGGGAGAGCACAGCCCUCUCUAGCUCACGACAGGGCCCUCGCAGGGGCCACUCUGCUGGAGGUUUGUGCCUCCCCAGAGUGGGGCCCCGUGCCAGCCAGGAGGACGUGACCUCCUUCGGGACGCCCUUGGCCGCUUUGCCAGCCCUGCCGCACCCCUCCGUCAGCUUCCUUUCUCCCUGAACCCAGAGGCGCUGACCUCCACUGCGGCAGGAAGCUUCGGAAUCAGCCAGAUGCUCAGAAACGUCAUCUGUGCCAGCUCCGGGAGGAAGGCCCAUGGCGGUGCCCGGCCGACUCCCUGAGACCCCCGAGGGCGAGGAGGCGCUGCCCUCGGCGGACCGGGGCAGCCUGCUGGAUGCUGGCGGCAUCUGUGACUGCACAGGCUCAAAGGAGAAGCCAGAUGGACCCGAGUCCCCUCACUAGGCUGACUUUGCUGACCCAAGCAGCUGGCCGCAUCUUGGCAGGAGGAGAGGGCGGAGGGCUGGUUUUCUGGGUCCUUCCACUCCCCCACCGCAGGGAGACUUUUCCUCUGCCGGCCUGAUGCAUCCCACUCCUCUGGCUCCACCCCGGCCCAGCCCCGGCCCAGCCCUGGCGUGAGGCAGCACAGACCCCGCUGGCAGGAAGAGAGGCCUGGGAACAUCACAGCCACUGUGCCAUGGUGGCAGGAGGGCAAAGGCCAGACUCUGAGGGACCUAGGCCGUGGCUGGCAUUGAGGACCCCUCCACUCAUGGGGUCCUCUCCGUCCGGCCCUCUCCCUGUCUUCUCCCCCCUUGUCCGCACCCCUUUCUUUUCCUGGUAUCCCUAAAGACCCACCUCAGCCCUGCUCAGGCCCCUGGGGACCAGAGUGACCACUGACCCCUCAUCUACAGCUUUAAGGGAAAUGCUCACAGGGUAUUUUUGUCUACCUCACGCAUAUAGUUUUUAGGAUGAAAGAGAAUAAUUUAUAUAGCUAAGAUAUAUGAGAAAGUAUUUAUGUUAUUUAUAUAGUUGCUAUAUUUCACGGGCAGCACGCACGGCGUUUGUGCGUCCCCAGAAGCUCUCUGAGGAGACGCAGCCGGGCCUGACGGGGCCGCUGAGCUGGAGGCCUGGCGGCUGGGGAGGAGGUCGGGUGGGCUCCCGUGUCCAGAGCCCACGUCCCCUCUGCCGUGACCCCGGUGGGCUCGAUCCAAACCGUCCUUGUGAAGUCUGUGGGUUCCCUGCUCUUCUGAGCAACAGGCCCCCUUCUGCUCUGGCAAAAGUAUCUUGUUCAUAAUAAUAAUGACAGUAAGGAUGACCACACCUGGCAUUUGUAAAGCACUUUUGAUGUUCAGAAACUCUUUUAGCCCUUCGACUUCACUCCAUGUCUCCAUUAUCCCUGUGAGGUGGGUGGGGCUGCAUUCCUGUGCCCAUUUUACAGAUGAGGCCCAGAGUCAGAGGCCUGUGCUCACAGUUGCCCUGAAGAGAUUUGUUCACUGAGUAUUUGCUGAACGUCCACGUGGACCAGGCGCUGUGGGAGCCCCGAAGCCUGGAGACCUUCCCUGGCUGGCUCUGCGUGGCCCUGGCCUUCUGCAUCUGGAUGGCAGAUUGGCAUUUCCCGCAGUGGAGUCCUACGUCUCAGGCACCGGGAUUGCCUGAGAGGGCUGGAGGGACGAGGACCCCCACGGAGGCCACUCCAAGGGUCCUUCUGUCCAGGUUGCCCGAGAAGGCUGUACGACCAGCCUCUCCCAGCCCACAGAUGAGUUUUGUUUGCUCUCACUUGUGUUUUUCUUUUAAAAAUGAAUAGUUUUCCACUGAUUUCUGGCUUCUUUUGUAAGCUCAGCCGUGCUGGCAACCUGGGCCUGCCUUCCUAGCUGGCCACAGUCAGCCAGCGCUCGGGAGCCCUAUGGGACAGGAUGUGCGGGGGUCCCAGCUGCCGAGUGCCCCUGCUCCGCCCUUGCACACAGAUGCCUGGCCCUCACGGGCACGCAGUGUCCGUCCCCUGGUCUAGAGAAGCCCAGCUCCCCUGGUGUCCUCCAUUGCCAGACCGACAGACAGACCCUAGCCAUCCCUGGAGGUUAUUUCUGCUUUCUAAGGUUUCCUUUCUCAACAACCAUAAACUUCAAAUGCUUUUUAUCUCAGCACACUUCAGAGUGACAGUGGGAGCUACCGUUGUUGAGCCCCCAUUGUCCCAAUGCCAACCCAUGAUCUGAGGGAGCUGCCACUCAGCACCCAGCAUCACCCUGGGGACUGGGUACAGUUGUGAACCAGACCAGGCCCCUGCCUGGGCUCGAGGGCUGACGUCCUAGUGGGGGUGAAACCAAUAAACUACACGGCAGUUAUUUGUACUUAUUUUGUCUCGACUUAUUACAAUAACCUUGCACAUGGGACAUGACCCCCUCACCCCC